AAUCAAGCCUCCAUUCUCCAACCCCAUCAUAUAAACGCAAGGUCCCUUUAAUUUCUCGCCAAAUCUUCAGCCCCUCACUGCGUUCUGCCGUCUGGUCGUGUCGUCAGCAGCUUCUCAAGCUUCAAGCGAUUCGAUUGUCUCACUAAAGAAUGGAUGCAUUAACUCUGAGGAAAAAGGUACAGAGGAAAGCUAAAAUCAGAGGGUUGUACAGCAUCAAACUAGAAGCUCUUGAUGAGAUUGUUUCCUUCGUUUCUCGCUUCCAUGGCUGCGAAGAUGACGCUAUAGAUCUUGUUCUUGACAAUCUUCAUGACGAAUCUUUGAAAUCUUCGAUAUUAGACAAGGAUGCGGUGCAUCGGGUUGUCAGCAUUAUGCUUGCAGCUGAUGAAGUGGGAGAAGAGAGUCCCAAUACCAUUACCAGUACAUCUGCUCUUUGCAUCAUCGACGCUUUUGAUAUCUCCAAGUUUCGUUAUGAUCCCAUCAAAAAGAUCUUCUAUCUACACACAGGAAAACUUCCAAUUCAUGGGGAUGCUCCUGCUAAAGCUGCUUUAUAUAGAGAUAGAUUUCUUCUGCUUUCCCAAAGGCUCUCCCGAGAUCAGCAUUUCUCCAAACCCGCUUUUGACACUGGCAUGUCUCAUUUUGGAAGUUGUGAGAUUUCUCCUAUUCAAUCUCUGGUGGGGCAAACAGGGAGAAAAUGGGUCAUGGGAGUGAUCUCUCAAAUGGAGGACGGCCACUUUUACUUGGAGGACCUUACUGCGUCUGUGGAGAUUAAUUUAUCUAAUGCUAAGAUAACUACAGGUCUGUUUACAGAGAACACCAUUGUUGUAGCAGAAGGAGAGAUGCUCGUGGAGGGUAUUUUUCAGGUUGUUACAUGUGGAUUUCCUCCAUUAGAGGAAAGGGACAAGUCUCUUAAAUUGCUAGCAGGCCAGGACUUCUUUGGAGGUGGUGCUCUAUCUAAAGAGGAGACUCUCAGGCUUGCAGAUCUGGAGAAGAAAGCUGUUAAUGAUAUGUUUGUCAUACUCUCGGACAUUUGGUUGGAUAGUGAAGAGGCCAUGGGAAAACUGGAGACCAUACUUGAUGGUUUCGAGAAUGUGGAAGUGGUUCCUUCCUUGUUUGUUUUGAUGGGGAAUUUUUGUUCCCGUCCAUGUAAUCUUGCCUUUAAUUCUUUCUCAAGUCUCAGACUACAAUUUGGUAAGUUAGGAAGAAUGAUAGCAGCUCAUCCACGAUUAAUAGAGCAUAGCAAGUUUCUUUUUAUUCCUGGUCCAGAUGAUGCAGGACCAUCCACAGUUCUACCUAGGUGUGCUUUGCCGAAGUUUUUAACCGAAGAGCUUCAGAUGCACGUCCCAAAUGCCAUUUUCUCUAGUAACCCUUGCAGGGUCAGAUUCUACACCCAGGAAAUUGUAUUUUUCCGACAGGACCUGCUUUAUAGAAUGCGCCGUUCCUGUCUCAUACCACCUUCCACAGAAGAAACGAGUGAUCCUUUUGAGCAUCUUGUUGCUACCAUAACUCAUCAAAGUCAUCUCUGCCCUCUUCCUCUGGUUAUCCAACCAAUUAUCUGGAAUUAUGACCACUGUCUUCAUCUUUAUCCUACUCCUCAUGUGAUAGUUUUGGCGGAUAGAAGUAAGCAACAAGCAUUCAAAUACACAGGAAUCACUUGCUUUAAUCCUGGUUCCUUCACAAAUGAUAGCACUUUUGUGGCGUAUCGUCCUUGCAAUCAAGAAGUUGAACUGUCUGCCUUGUAAAUCAUUACAAACUUUAGGCCAGAGUCAAAGCGGUCACUUUCUGCGGCAUAACAAUUCGUUUUCAAAUUUUGAAGGAGAGAUCCUAUAGUAUCAUUCUUUAUCGUGGGAGUUGCAUUGUGCACACCAAGAAUUACCACUGGCUGGAAUUUCAUUCUAUGCUGAAGAAGGGUUUUGUGAUUUCUAUUCAUGACAAACUCGAAACUUUGGUGUAGAAUAAGGAAUCUCUUUAGAUGUACAGUUGUAAAUCUGAGUAACAUAUUCUUUAGUCUGUAAACUUUUAACGGUGGAUGGCGUAUUGAUCAACAACUAACCUAAAAGGUCUCCUACAUGAUGGGGUUUUCUUUUCCUUCUAAA